CCGCGCAGGAUCCCCGCCCCCGCCAUCAUCAACGAAGCUCAAGCUCUCCCUCUGCGUCGCCACUUUUAUACGAAAUCGAAAUCGUCGAAAUUCACGAUCAAUCUGUAAAUACGGAAUAAUAAAAAUAUGGUUCUCGCACUCGCUCUCUCGGCCGAGCUCAUCGGUGUGACGGACCUCCGACCCCUCGACACCGAAGAGUCGCCAUUCCACUAUACGUUCAAAGUGCAAUGUACAUCGUGUCGCGAGACGCACCCGAACUGGGUCACCUUGAACCGCUUCGAAAUGAACGAAGUCAGCGGUAGCAGAGGCGAAGCCAAUUUCGUCUGGAAAUGCAAGAACUGUAAGAGGGAGCACUCGGCGAACAUCAAGGCUGCACCUGCGAGUUACGGGAUGAGCGAUCCACCCAAGACAGUCAACAUCCUCGAAUUUGAUUGUAGAGGCUUGGAAUUUACUGAGUUCCGGGCAGAUGGCGAAUUCCUGGCUACCGGUGCCGAAUCGAACACCAAGUUCACGGGUGUUGAGCUCACCGAGGGAGAGUGGUUCGACUACGAUGAGAAGGCUGGCGAGGAAGUUAGCAUCACGAAUGUGAAGUGGGCUAUUCGAAGAGCGUGAAGCGGAUGAAGAAAUCGAGGGCCAUAAGCG